AUGGCCCGGGAGGUAGAGGUAGGGAGUCAAGCGGCGGAAACCACGAAGCCCGUUAAAGAAGCAGGUGCAUCGCCGUUGUCGUCAUCAAAGGUGGCGGAGGCAGUAGCAGCACCAGCAGCGGGGGCGAUGGUCACAGAAGUCCUUCAGCUGGAUAAGAACGCUUCCAUCGAGCUGGGCGAAGCUCUGCCGAACAGGGAAGAAGCGGAAGCGAGCUCCGCUAACAGUAGCGAGAUAAUUCUCCUAGGAGGAGGGGCGGCGAGGGCGGGAGGGACGAAGGCUCCGGAAAUCUCGAAACCCGCUCGCUCGUCCACGCGCAGGGCUGCGGUCAAGCUCGCAGAGGAGAGGCGGCUCAAGAAAGCGACCAAGCAGAGGGAGGCGCGGCAGCGCAAGAAGGACCGAAGGGCCGAGGGCUCGAGACAGGAUGCCUCGGCGCGGCAGGACGAAGAGGCGGCCAUAAGGCAUCAGCACGACUUGGACAUGGCGAUCACGGCCGCCGCUGCCUGGCAAGAGAGGCUAGCCGAGAUCCAGCGCAACGUGGCCGUGGGUCGCGCCCAACAGCAGGCGCGAGAAGGGGAGCGCGAGAGGGCAGCCGCCGCGAUCCAGGCGGCCUUGAUCAAGGCGGUGGCGCGCCGGCGGUGCCUCCGGCCUUAUGCCGUCCGGGCGAUGCAGGCCGAUAAAGCCGCCACUGAGAGCAGGGCGCAGCGCCGGGAGCGCGAGAGGGUAGGUGCCGCAGCGGCCGUGAUCCAAGCGACCUGGGGGAGGCCUGCCGUCCGCACGCGGUGCCGUCGAGCGUACACCCUCCGCACGGGCGAACGGGACCGGCGAAAGUGGGGUGCGCGCGUCAUCCGCGCGGCCUGCUACGCAUAUGGUGUGGCGAGGCGCACGGCGGAGCAGCCAAGCCCCGAGACGCAGAAAUCGGCCGCAGCAGAGAAGAAGAGCACGGCGACCAAAGAUACCACCGCGGCGGAGGUAGUGGGCACCACCUCAUUGACGAACCGAGAGGAGGGAGGGAAGGAGGGAAGUAUGACUGCCGUUGUAGAGGCAAAGCGGAAGGAAGUAGACGAGCUGCUGCUGGCGAAGGCUGAACAUGCACUGAAGGAAGAUCGUGCUAGGGAGGGGGCGGCGACGGAGCGGGAAUCGGCAGACCCCGCGGGGACAAAAGUGGCGAGGCCGGCGGAGACCCGAGCCUCGUUGGAACCACCAAAGCCCCGGCGGCAACACAUCACCGCGGCUCCUUCUACCCCGCUCCCUCCCGCGGGGCCGUCGACUUCCGAAGAGCCGUCGUCCGAGAGAGACCCGCCCCGCCUCGACCACCACGUCCCUCACCCCCUGCAGCUGGUCGAGGGCAAGACUCUCAUGUACGACCCCAGGGAGUUCGACCUGUGGCCGCUCAUGGUCCAGCUGCAGGGCUGGUCUCUCGAGCUGGGCACCGCCGACGUGUGGGGAGGCGGAGUCGAGCGAGAGGCGGAGGCGUUCUCUGCGGCGUGCGGGUUCUCGGCGGCCUUCGGGCCGAUCGUGCUCAAGCUCGUCACCACCGCCGUCUACGGCAGGGUGUUCGCCGGGGGCGUGAGUGUCUUGCCCAUGGACCACGUGGUGUACGCCUUCGGGCAAUACUGGGAGAAGGAGAUCGGGCCUCGUGAUGCCACCGAGCGCUUCUUCAAGCUCGUCAAGGAAGAGCUGCGGCGGUUCGUCCUCGCCAUCGCUUUGCGACACCCGGACCUCGACGCCCUUCCUCCAGACAACAAAUCCAUCUACGUGGACACCGUGCUGACAAUCCUCUUCUACAAGUUCAGGUACACAAGCCGUACGCACUACUGUACACUGAGCAGGUGCCGCUAG